AUGAUUCUCGAGGCCAAUGGGGGCGUGGGUGUUGCUCGAGGCGUAGGCGCUGAGGAGUUUGAUCGAGUUAUGAAGAGUGCUGGUGUCUGGAGGUGA